AUGCAACAGGCGUUUUUAGCUCAGCCUCCAGAAAGUUGGGCAACGGAGGAGGCUGCUGUAGGCAUUGGAAAACGCUCGGGGGUGACUUUGGUGCUUGAUGUCCUGUGUAACCUUGGCCAAGUCACUGAACGUCUAACGGCGUUUUUAGCUCAGCCUCCAGAAAGUUGGGCAACGGAGGAGGCUGCUGUAGGCGUUGGAAAACGCUCGGGGGUGACUUUGGUGCUUGAUGUCCUGUGUAACCUUGGCCAAGUCACUGAACGUCUAACGGAACCGCCGCCUCCCGCCGGGGGCCGCCGGAGGAAGAGACCGGUGCAACGGGGCAAACCCCCUUACUCCUACAUCGCCCUCAUCGCCAUGGCCAUCGCCAACGCCGCCGAGAGGAAGCUCACCUUGGGGGGCAUCUACAAGUUCAUCACCGAGCGCUUCCCUUUCUACCGGGAGAACCCCAAGAAGUGGCAGAACAGCAUCCGCCACAACCUCACCCUCAACGACUGCUUCGUCAAGAUCCCCCGGGAACCCGGCCACCCCGGCAAGGGCAACUACUGGACGCUGGACCCGGCCGCUGAGGACAUGUUCGACAACGGGAGCUUCCUGCGCCGGAGGAAGCGCUUCAAGCGCACCGACAUCACCACCUACCCCGGCUACAUGCAGAACUCCAGCGCCUUCACGCCCCCGCCCGCUGGCCGCCCCACGGCACCCACAGCCCCCUACCCCAACGCCCUCUGCUCGCCCGGCUACGGCCCCCAGCUCUCCAGCACCGUCUUCCACCCCUACGCGGCUGGGACAGCCCCACCGGCACAGCAUCCCAGGAUGUUCAGCAUCGACAGCCUCAUCAGCGGGCAGCAGGCCCUACAGCCAUCGCCACCAACCGAGCUGGGCCACCCAUCCCUGGGCUUGCCCGGGGCCGAGCUGGCUCCCUCCUGCUCCGCCGGCAGCUCCGAGCCUCCCUGUUUCCAGGCCCAGCCCGUCAGUCCCGGCUUGUUGGGCCGAGCCGGGCCCAACACCCUGGCGUAUCCCUAUGCUGCCUCCCCUCCUCACCUGCCCGUGGCACAGGGCAGCUACUCGCCCGGCAGCCCGCAGCUCUACGGGGCUCCCAACAGACUGGCCCUGCCGGCCAUGCGGCCCCCGGCCUGCGCCGAGCACAGCGAGCAGCUCCUGGGCCUCCCCGCGUCCCCCCUCGGCCAGUUCGGCUCCAGCAAUGCCUACAUGAGGCAGCCCAACUUCCCCGCCGGCCUGGAGCGGUACAUGUGA